AAAAAACCUCCCCACCCCACCAAUCCCCGCUGCAACACCAACAACAAUGUUCACCCUCCACCCCCUCUGGCGCUUCCUCCCCCGCACCGCGACCGCGGCCGCACCUCGCACCUUCACCGCGACCUCGCACCCCGCCGCAACAUUCAACCAAGUCCGCCGCGGCUGCCGCAAGCCGCAACCGAAGCGAAAGCCGGAAUCGCCGGCCAUGUCGGAGACGCACAACCCGUGCAUGAAGGGCGUGUGCCUGAAGGUGUUCGUCAUGGCGCCCAAGAAGCCGAAUUCCGCCGAGCGCAAGGUGGCGCGGGUACGGCUCAGCAGCGAUAAGGUUGUCACGGCUUACAUUCCUGGCGAAGGGCAUAACGCGCAGCAACAUUCUGUCGUCCUUGUUCGUGGUGGGAGGUCGCAGGAUUGUCCGGGUGUUAAAUAUCAUUUGAUUCGUGGGGCUUUGGAUUUGGGCGGUGUGCCGAAUAGGUCUACUUCACGGUCAAAGUACGGAACAAAGAAGCCAAAGAAGGGGUUAUAG